AUGGUUGAUUCACUGGUUUCAUUGGCGAUAGAGAAAUUGGACAAAUUUCUUGAAGAUGAGGUGGCUUUGUUGGUCGGUGUCACGAAAGAGCUCAGAAAGCUUUCUAGUGCAUUCACUGCCAUCAAGGCUGUGCUUGAAGAUGCUGAGACUCGGCGUCUUAAAGAAACUUCAGUGAAGGAUUGGUUGCAGAAGCUCAAAGAUGUGGCCUAUGAUAUCGAUGACAUACUAGACGAGUGGGCAACAGAAGCGCUCAAAUCACAAGGCGAUGAAGACGAUCAAUCACAUUGUUGCAAUAUAAAGGUGCAGAACAUCCUUUCAUCUUUUUCUUGUUUCGGUCAUGUUGUAUUUCGCCAUAGAAUUGGGAAUAAGAUAAAGGAUGCUUGGGAAAGGUUAGAAGAGAUUGAGAAGGAAAAGAAUGGAUUGCAUUUUAAAAUGGAUAAUGCAGAGAAGCCUCAUGAAAUCGGAGAGCGCGAAACAACCUCCCAAGUGGACACAUCAACAAUGGUUGGAAGAGAAAAUGAAAGAAAUGAAAUAGUGAAGCUAUUGCUAAAUGAGAUUCGCGACGAGGUGAAGGAAGUGCCCAUCGUCAUUUCUAUCGUUGGCAUGGGGGGCUUGGGCAAAACCACCCUUGCCCAGCUCGCUUACAACGGUGAGGAUGUCAAGGGUCAUUUCGACAUGAGAAUGUGGGUGUGUGUUUCUGAAGAUUUUGAUGUGAAACGGAUUACAAAAUCAAUUAUACAAUCUGCAACAGGGACUGGCUGUGAGUCAUUAGACUUGGAUCAGUUGCAACGCCGCCUUCAUGAAAUGUUGCACGGAAAGCGGUUCUUGCUUGUUCUUGAUGACAUUUGGAGUGAAGAUAGUGAGAAGUGGGACAAAUUAAGACUUCCAUUCCAAGCGGGUGCAUUAGGGAGUCGAAUCAUCGUAACCACUCGUAGUGAAAAGGUUGCAUUUGCGAUGGGAAGGGGUCACAUGCACAAACUGGCAGUCUUAUCCGAUGAUGAUUGCUGGUUAGUGUUCAGGCGUAAAGCGCUUGAGCAUCAGAGUGCAGAAGAGCAUUCAGAGUUGGAAGCAAUUGGAAAGGAAAUCGUAAAGAAGUGUGGAGGGGUGCCUCUCGCAGCAAAGACAAUAGGGAGUGUCAUGUGCUCAAGAAGGACAAGAAGGGAGUGGGAGCUCGUCUUGCAAAGCGACCUAUGGAAUUCACAUGAUGUCUUACAAGGCAUUUUACCAGCUUUGUUACUCAGCUACCAUGACCUACCUCCUGCUUUGAAGCAAUGCUUCGCAUAUUUCUCCAUCUUCCCAAAAGAUUGGGAGAUAAAGAAGGAUAUGAUAGUCAAGCUAUGGGUGGCACAAGGUUUCAUCAGAAGCAGAGAUAUGGAGGAAACUGGUGGGCUGUAUUUCGAUGAUUUACUAAGACGCUCGUUGCUCCAAGAUGCAGAACUCGACGCUGACAAGAAUGUACUCUGGUGGAAGAUGCAUGAUUUGGUUCAUGAUCUUGCACAAUCUGUUGCUGGAAGUGACUGUUCACUGGUGGAGAUGAGAAAGCAAUCCUCAUUGAACCUAAAUAAUCUCCGCCAUUUGUUUUUAAUUGACAGUUAUGACGCAGGUGACAGAGAUUGGGCCACCUUGUAUGAGGCACAAAAGUUGCGGACGUUGCUAUGUGACUCAAGAAUCUCCAGGGUGCCAAACAAUUUAUUUCAUCAUUUCAGGCACCUCAGGGCGUUGGACUUGAGUCACGCUAGCAUUCAGAAAUUGCCUCGAACACUGGGAAAAUUGAAGCACUUGAGAUACCUUGAUUUAUCAAGGACAAAUAUAGUGGAGUUGCCAGAGGAGGUGAGUAAUUGUAGAAAUUUACAGACCUUGAUACUUAAUAGGUGUUUUCAGCUAAAAAAACUGCCUAGAGGUCUGAGAAACAUGAUUGGCCUGAGACAUCUAGAAUUAGAAGACACUGAUGAAUUGAAGUACUUACCGCAGGGCAUAGGGAAACUAAGUAGCCUUCGGACAUUAACAAAGUUCAUAGUGGGGGGUGACGAUGAAGGAUGUAAAUGGGGAGAACUGAAACACCUCAAUCAUCUUCAAGGAAGUCUUCUAAUUACUGGCUUCGAAAAUGUGAGGAGCAGAGACGAAGCUAGAGAGGCAGAACUAAAUAAGAAGCAGUACCUUCAUUCUAUAACCUUUGAAUACGAAUACGUCCCCAUGGAUGAUGAAUCAUCGGGUGAUGAAGCAUCGGGUGAUGAUGAGCAGAAGAGAACAGAGGAGGUGCUUGAAAUCCUGCAGCCCCACACAAACUUGAAAGAGUUGGAAAUACAGAGCUACGGAGGUUCCAAGCUUCCCAAGUGGACAGAGGAUCCGGUUUUCUCCAAUCUAGUCAACGUGACGCUCCGGGAAUGUAACAAGUGUAAACAAUUGCCAGGUCUUGGGAAACUACCAUCCCUUAAAUACCUUGAAAUUAGGGGAAUGAAAGAGGUGAGAAAGGUGGGUGGUGAGUUUAGUGGGGAUGAUAAUAAUGAUGGAAGUGGUGGUGGUGUUGUCUCAUUCCCAAAGCUGGAGAGCCUCUCCUUCAUAUUCAUGAAAAAUUGGGAAGAGUGGGAAUUGAGAGGUGGAGAUGAUGGAGAGGUUAUGCCAUCACUCCUGGAAUUACGAAUACAAUACUGCCCAAAGCUACAGGCGUUGCCCAGCAACCUUCCACCGCUCCUCCAGAAGCUGACUUUGUGUGGAAGUGAUGUUGGAAUGUCAUCCGGUGUGCCCUUACCCGACCUCCCCAACCUUAACCAUUUGGUGAUUGCCUAGAGUCAUCAGCUGACAUCGUUCCCAUGUGGUUGGUUGGGACAACUCAAAGCCCUGCAAACUCUGGAGAUCAAGUAUUGUCGUAAUUUAAGGUCUCUACCAGAGGAGUUGCAACACCUCACCAUGCUUCAAAAAUUAAACAUCUGGAGAUGUCCGGUCUUAGAAGAACGCUACCGAGAAGGAGGAGAAGAUCGCUACACGAUUGCCCACAUCCCCAAUAUCAAAUUCCUUCCCUUCUAAGAGGAGUUGGA